AUGGACAUGAUGUUCGUUGAUGUGUUCGAAACUAAAAUAAGUUUCAGUGUUGUUCUACAAGAGCAAUCUUGUUAUGUCAAUCAAUCUUUGCCAAUCAAUUACAUUAAAUGGGUUCCUUAUUUUCGAAAUUCACAAAUAGUAUCAUUGAAGACGGUGUUAGACCUUGAUGACCAUACUGAGCCUUGGACCAUCCAGGCAGAUGUCAAAUGCAAAGUUAACAAAAAAUAUUUUAAUGCUGUCUAUGAAUUUCAUUCAGAAGACAAGUUAGAAGAUUCAUUAGAUCUAUUUGAUGUUUACCAGUUGGAAACGCUCAAAGUAUUACCAAAAUCAAAAAAGUUCGAUGUGAAAGUCCAUGUAAAAGUUCAGAAAAUUGAAGGAUUACCUGUUAUGAGUACGAACUUCUUUGAUUCAUCAAAUCCAAAAGCAGAUGUGGAGAUAUGCAUAGAUGACUAUGUAUUUUAUGCUCAAAAAAAUAUAUUACGACAAUCGGCUGUCUUAGAAAAAAAAAUGAAAGAUAAAAGUAGAGUACUCAGAAACGUAUUGGGUAUGAAGAGAAUUCGACUUACCUUGAGUAAUGAGUCACCUCGAUUGUUCUUACAAAUCCUUCAAUCAUUAUAUGAAUGGAGGUUUGAACUAACAGAAAAAAAUUUGCGAAUGGUACUAGAAACAGCUCAUCGAUAUGAAGUUCCUCAUGUUAUAUCGCGGUGUGAACAAUUCAUUUUAUUUCAAAUUGACAGACAGAUGGCUAAAACACUUGAAAUGACAUCGUUUCGUCAAACAAUGAAAAGUUGGUUUUUGAAAAAUAUAUUUGUGGGGAAGGCGGAAGAGGAACUUCCACUAUUUGAUUGCUUGGUAGAAGUUAUAUGCUGGUGUGCUCACUAUUCAAUGAAACAACUACUGAAACGUUGUAUUCUGAAUUUGAAAUCAGACAAAGAGUGGAGUCAGUUGGAAUCAAAUACAGAUUUCAUGCGCUUAAGUUGGGUUUAUCAACUUGCAUGCAAGGAGUUGUUUGAGAAAUAUCAAACUUAUCAAAUGGUUGUGGGUCAUCAAGUCAGUUUCCCUCUUUAUGAAAACUGGUUGGAAAACCUGAAAGAGAAGCAUAAUUCAAGUUCCUUUCAAUGGGUUCAACAGAAUCGUCAUUUCCCUCUUAAUGAAAUAACCAAGUCAUCACGCGAAUUGGAUGAAAUUCGUCGUUCAGUUAUUGAAUCGCACCAAGUUCAGGAAGCCAUUGAUGCUGAAGUUCAAUCAAGGAAAUGCACAAGAGAUGAAGUUGUGACAGAAGUUUAUGAAAUUCUUGACAUCAUGUCUCACAAAUUUCAAUUAUCAUUUGUAAGAUUAUUUGGAUGUGCUAUAGGAAAAGGAUUACAAAAUAUAUUUGAUGGUGUUUAUGUGAAUGCUGAACAUGCUCGUAGAAUCCGUGAGAUUACAAAGACGAGGCCAGUAGUCUUUAUGCCAUCUCAUAGGACAUAUUUGGAUUUUCUAUUACUUUCAGUUAUAUGUUUUGAAUAUGAAAUUCCAUUACCAGCUAUAGCAGCUGGAAUGGACUUUAUGAAUAGUCCCUUGAUGGGAGGAGUUCUUAGACGAUGCGGAGCAUUUUUUAUGAGACGAUCUUUUGGGAAAGAUCGUCUUUACUGGGCUGUUUUCUCGGAAUAUGUUCAGAAUCAUUUAGUCAAAGCAGAUAGACCUGUAGAAUUCUUUGUAGAAGGCACUCGCAGUCGUGUGGGCAAAAGCCUUCAUCCAAAGUAUGGCUUGUUGCAAAUAGCACUUGCCCCAUAUCUUAAAGGAGAUGUCUUCGAUAUAACUGUUGUACCUGUCUCCAUGAAUUAUGACAAAAUUCUGGAAGAAUCGUUGUAUGCAUAUGAGCUAUUGGGAUUUCCCAAACCAAAGGAAUCAACAUCUGGAUUAUUCAAAGCCAGAGAUAUUUUUAAUAAGAAUUUUGGUCGUUGUUUCAUAACGUUCUCUGAUCCAAUAUCUGUUAGAGAACUGUUCGGAAAAAGACUUCAGUCGACUUCGUUUGUUAGCCAACCAAGCUCUCAGUUCGUCUUAGAAGAAAACGCCAAGAGAGUUUUACGCAAAUUUGGUCAUCAAGUUGUGAAAGCGAAUGAUAGAAAUUCGAUAAUUACUGUAUGGCCAGUAGCGUGUAUGGCUAUGCUUCAUACCCUCGAUUCAAACGAUGAUGAAGUGUUCACUUUCUCUGCUCUUCAUCAGCAUGUUAAGUAUUUGAUCGAUUUGCUUGAGAAGCUAGAUGUUAUUGUGACCAUCAACCAAAGUUUAGGUGAAGAUCUUAGUUACUACAUAAAGCUACAUGACGAUCUAUUUCAUCCAAUAGCAUACGGAGAUGAUUAUGAACUUCGUUUGAAAGAUUUUCCUAUCGAUAAGGACGGCUUUGUGGAAAGAGACAUCAUGAAAAGAGCUGUAUCACGUCUUAUACUAACAACUUAUUCAAAUGUGAUGAUCCAUGGAGUUGUGGAAAUAGGAUAUCUAGCGGUUAUAAUGCUUCAACUGGGACUGAGAAACAUUCAUGGCAUCAAAGAAAAAUUCUUCGAGCUCGUUCAGCUUUUGAAGAGAGAAUUCGUUUGUGUUCCCGAAGAGGAAGAGAAGAUGUUCGAAGAAGCUUUAACUAAAUUACGAAAAUCGUCAAUUAUUGGAGUUUCAAAUGAGAAAAUGCAAAUUAAAGGAAUUGGCGAAUUGGAAACUCUACGAGACAUUAUAAUGCCAUACAUUUGUCAUUUCCAUGUGGUUUUAAUGAGCAUUUUGGAUUCUCAGAAAGAUGCUUUAGAUAUUCCAUCUUUGGUAAAAACAACACAACAGGAAAUUGUGAGACGGUAUGAACUUGGUGUUGGCAUUCCAGUUCGUUUGUCAUUCUUAUCAACGGAGCCCAUUAAAAACACUUUUUAUACAUUGCUUGAUAUGAAAUGUUUGGAAAAGAAGGGCGAUAGAUAUACUCCCAUUGUCAAGGAUUUAGUAGAGAUUCUGAACAAAACUGCUCAAUAUACGGGUCAAAAUGGUGUAGAUGAGUUCAUUGUAGAAGAAGCUAAGCUUUAG